CGAUAUCAAUUUAACUGGCAAUAUCCGUUGUUUUGGUCUUUGAUCCCUUUGGCAUGCCAGCCUUAUUUUAUGGUAUCUAGAUAUAACUGAUCUUUGUAGGAGAUUUACUUUUUUUGAAUUCGACAAUUUUCUCAUGCAAAAAUGACGAGUUCAAGUGGCUGGUUGGUGCGAAAGUUGGAUUAGUGGUGUUCUCUUAAUGGCUUUAAAAUGCUCGGUUAAAUUGUACAGUUCCCGCCUUCCUGAAAAUGGAACACAUAAUAUGUUUUAAGCGAGCGUCAAAUUCUGUCGCUUGUAUAGCUUGGGUAUCUUUUCAGGAGUCGGGUGCGCCCUUGUACUUGUUUUGGUUGAGUGAUGCAACAUAAGUUUUCACAUACAUUCUGGAUCAAUAUCAUCAUAACAAAAUACUGUACUAAAUAAGAUCAGAAUUUGUAUGUAUAUUGUGUACAAGAGAAAUACAGACAACACACUGUGAUAUGAGAAGUUAGGAGGAAUUCCCUUUUUAUGCAUUAUUUGUGUUACUACGGUUGUUGGCUUGCAGUAAGCUGAUGUGUUCAGAUGAACAGAGAAAGAACAAUGUAAAAUUAUAUUUCAACGUUGUUGCCCCAACUCCUACAGGCAUCAUUAAUUUUGAAGAAAUAAAAUGUGCCUGUUGGAUUUAAAAGAGUAAUCAGAAAGAUUGCAGCUACGAGCUUCACAGUUAGCAGUACGUCCAGCAGAUCCUAUGUGUACAUAUAUGACUACAACAGUAUUCCACGAAUGGCUAACGUCUUCAUUGCCGUCUAGGCAACUAAACAUGUGGGUUUCAUACUUCUAAACCGGUGACCCUAUGUCUUAAAACUCCUUCCUUCCCAACAACCUUUAACUAGACGCUACACCACCACCAUCAUUGCAUGCAAGCCAUGUUGUACCAUAUUCACCCUUCUCUAGACGUAAGUGGCGGAGGUCUGGCAUCGUUCCUUCCGGCAUUCACCACUCUCGACCGUCCCUAUAAUUCUUAUCCCAUUAUUGGUUCAAAUGCUCACUUGGAAACUAUCUUUGCCAAUUUUUUCCGGUCAACUCCAGAUGUCAGAUGUCGACGAGAGUGUCUAAGGACCAAAGACAACGGUACCAUUGCAAUUGAUUGGGUCGCAGGUGACCAUCGCAAUUUGUCUUCUAGUUCUCCCAUGCUCAUUCUGCUGCCGGGGCUAACAGGUGGCAGUGAAACUUCAUACAUAAGGCAUAUGCUAUUGAGAGCAAGAAACAAGAGAUGGCGUGUUGUGGUUUUCAACAGCCGUGGUUGCAGUAAUAGCCCUGUUACCACACCUCAGUUAUAUUCAGCAUCAUUUUUGGGAGAUAUUGUUGAAGUAGUAGCGCAUGUUUCCUCUUGUUACCCAGAUGCAAAUUUAUAUGCUGCUGGUUGGUCUCUCGGAGGAAACAUUCUUGUUAGGUAUUUGGCCCAGGAAUCUGAUAGUUGUCUCCUUUCUGGUGCCGUAUCCUUGUGCAAUCCUUUUAAUUUGGUCAUUGCAAAUGAGGACAUCCGUAAGGGAUUUAACAAGUACUAUGACAAAGCGUUUGCAACUUCAUUGUCUACAAUUUUAAAAAGGCAUGCUCUUCUAUUCGAAGAAAUUGACGGGGGAUAUAAUAUUCCAGCAGCUGCUAAUUGCAAAUCCGUUAGAGAAUUUGAUGAAGCUUUGACACGAUUCUCUUUCGGUUUCAAGUCAGCGGAUGACUACUACUUAAAAGCAAGCAGCUCAGAUUCUAUACAGCAUGUAUGCAGGCCUUUACUUUGCAUCCAGGCGGAAAAUGAUCCCAUUGCCCCUGCCAGAGGAAUCCCUCGUGAAGCUAUCAAGGAGAAUUCAAACUGUAUGCUGAUAGUUACACCUAAAGGUGGGCACUUAGGGUGGAUUGCAGGCGAUGAAGCUCCCUUUGGAGCACCUUGGACUGAUCGCGUGGUGAUGGAUUUUCUGGAAUAUCUUGAAAAAACAAAAUCAGUAUCGGUAUAGUAAAACGGGAUCGUCAACUAUCUUUAACGAGUAAAUAUGUUAUUUCUUGUUUUACAUUCUUGAUGUAAAACAGCAAAAAGCGACUCAUAGUGUUUUUAAAUAAGUUCCUUGUCUAACAGAUUAUUUUCA